CUGUUGCAGUACUGCAGUCGGAAUGUGCAAACUUCAAAGCGGAGCGUGGGACCGCCGGGGGAAGCAGAGCGAGAACGCCAGGGACUUAAACACUGCACGAAAAGGAACGUCUCAGUGUGCCGAGUGGCAGCUGCUCUCCGGCAGAGCCCUGCGUUCCUCCCGAGGCAGCGGGGCCAGGUGGGCUACACGCACAGCGGCCUCGCAGCGCCGCGUCCGCCCUGCAAAAAGCAACAGGGAGACGGGAGCACCGGGAGGCGCUGGGGGGAGACGGGCAUCUCGAGAACCCCGCCCAGCACAGAGCGGGUCCUCAUUGCGGCCCGCGGCCCGCGGAGCCCUCGGCCGUGGCCCCGACCUGUGCGGAGAACGGGUUCGGUCCGGCCGCGCUCCCGCCCUCCUCUUACUUACAGCUUCACAUCCAGCCCCGACUGCACAUACGGGCCCCGCGGGAGCGUCACACCGAGUGCCACCUCUCCGCGCUGCCGUGACGGCGUGGGGAGCGGGCGGUGCUCGGAGCGCGGCUCGUGUGCGGGCAGCGGCGCUUCGCGAUUCAGCGUCCUUCCACGAGAGCCCCGCCCGUCUCCGGGAGAGGUCCCGGCUGCCCGCGGCAGGACGCGGCUCGCACAGCGCGAGGCCGGGGCUCCCGUUCCGAAGCUGCGGAUGAGGGCAUCGCCGCGCGGCCCCGCGCUGUGCCGGGAGGCAGCUCCGCGCCCCGCACCGCCCCGCACCGCCCCGCGCCGCGCCUGGUCUUUCUCUUCCUUUCGUAUUAAAGUUUUGAAGACUCUUCAAAGCGGCAAACGCGCAGUUAGAGAAAAUGGGUACCCAAGAAGGAAAGCUCUCAUUAGGACAGAAUUCCAGACGUUGCUUCAAAGCGGCAGCGCCGAGCGGACGCCCCCCCCCCCACCCUCGCACAGCGCCGGGCGCAGCGGGUGGCCCGGUUCGGCUCGACGGAGCGUUCCUGUAAUUGAGCGAGACUCCGAAGUCUGAGGGAUGAAUCCAUAUGCAUGAGGCGCUAAUAACGCUCCGUCUGAGACGCAGCUUUCGUCCGGGAGCCGCUCCGACCGGCUCGCGUCUCGCUCGGCGCACGUCUGACUCCGACGCGAACGAGGAGAGACGGCGCGGAGCGGCGGAGCGAGCCCCGCUACGACAAGGAACGCCGACGCGCAGAGCCGGCGCGCACCGCGGGGCGCGCGGGGAGGGCUCGGGGCGGCCGGACCCA